AUGCACCAAGACUACGAUUAUUACACUGCUCAGGAUUACUUGAGGCCACCGUACAUGCGCUAUGGGCCAUUCGAGAUUUUAACGUUUUUUAUGAGCUGCGCCGUUGGGGUGGCCAUACUGUUUAGUUGCUCAUGCGCCGUUGGCUACCUUGCUGAACUGGCGGAGGAAUUUCCAACGCGUGCGAAGAAAAUUCUUCACGCUAUGGCAAUUGGCGUUUUAUCGGUGCAUGUGCUCAUCCUUGUCAUAGACCAACUUAGUUUUUGGCGUUCCCUUGUGAGCAUCAUAACAAAUGUUUUGUACCUGCGGCUUCUAACAGGUUUCCCACGCUGCUCGCUGACGCACCCACUGACGCUUCUGACGAUCGCCUCGUUAGUGGUGGAGGUGGUCUCGUGGUAUACGCUUUUGGUCUUUACCCCCAGCUUGUUAGAGACUGUGGGGUCCUACAAGAUCGUCUCCUUCAUCUUUUUUCUGUGGCUGAUGCCGCUGGGAUUUCUCGUAUCCCUGGAGGUGGAGCCGGUAGAACUCCCCAGCAGCAGCUUCAGCGCAUCGUCGCUGCGCCACACCGACAUUGCUGCAAGUGGGCGGAAGAGGAUGAUGUUUGGGAUGGUGCGGGAGUGGUUUGCGCUGGCGACGGAUUAG